AUGCCUCUCGCAAUCCAAGCCAUCUUCGUCGCUCUUCUCUUCUCUUCCAUUGCUUCAGCAGCUAUCGUCGAACAUGUUUUCCACGUAAAAAACGUUUUGGUGAAACCGCUGUGUAAGGAGCAAAUGAUACCAGCCGUUAAUGGAAGUCUUCCCGGUCCAACGAUAAACGUUAGAGAAGGCGACACUCUUGUGGUUAAUGUUAUCAACAACUCAACUUACAAUAUAACUAUCCACUGGCACGGAGUGUUUCAGUUGAAGAGCUCAUGGAUGGACGGAGCGAAUAUGAUAACUCAAUGUCCGAUUCAACCAAGUAAUAACUUCACGUAUCGAUUUGAUAUCACCGGACAAGAAGGUACAUUGUUAUGGCACGCGCAUGUUGUUAAUCUGCGAGCCACUCUUCAUGGGGCUCUCAUCAUCCGUCCUCGAUCUGGACGUCCUUACCCUUUUCCUAAACCCUAUAAGGAAGUUCCUCUUAUUUUUGAACAAUGGUGGGACACAGAUAUUGGACUUCUUAAUUUACGGCCAGCUCCCAUUUCCGAUGCUUACCUCAUCAAUGGCCUCGCUGGAGAUUCAUAUCCUUGCUCCAAGAACAGAAUGUUCAAACUCAAGGUAGUAGAAGGAAAAACAUACUUGCUAAGGAUCAUAAAUGCGGCGCUCAACACUCACCUCUUCUUCAAAAUAGCCAAUCAUAACGUGACAGUUGUCGCUGUAGAUGCUGUCUACACGACACCUUACGUCAGCGAUGUGAUGGUCUUGACGCCGGGACAAACCGUCGACGCACUUCUAACCGCCGAUCAGCCCAUCGGAAUGUACUACAUGUCCAUAAGCCCUUACACUAGCGCCAAUACCUUUAUACCGGUCCCCGCCAACAAUUCCAUCAGAGGCUUAAUCGUCUACGAAGGUGCCACGUCGACAACAUCCCCGACGGUGGCGUUGAUGCCUACAGGGAUGGAUGCAGUAUCCACCGCUCAUAGGUUCUCCUCGAACAUCACCAGCCUCGUUGGUGGACCCCAUUGGACGCCAGUGCCUCGCCACGUGGACGAGAAGAUGUUCGUAACGAUGGGGCUUGGUUUAGACCCAUGCCCUUUGGGAACCAAGUGUAUUGGUCCGUUAGGUCAACGGUACGCUGGUUCUCUCAAUAACCGUACUUUUGUGAUCCCGGGCACGAUUUCUCUUCAAGAAGCUUAUUUCUACAACAUUCGUGGAGUAUACACCAAUGAUUUUCCCGGCCAACCACCGCUCAAAUUUGACUACACAAAGUUCAAAGUUCGUGAUGAUUCUGACUACAAAAUGAUGUUUCCAGAGAGAAAGACUAGCGUCAAGACACUUAGAUUUAAUUCAACUGUCGAGAUCAUUGUGCAGAACACGGCUAUGAUCAGCGCAGAGAGCCAUCCCAUGCACCUUCACGGCUUCAAUUUUUAUGUGUUGGGUUAUGGAUUUGGUAACUAUGAUACAAUCCGAGAUGCAAGAAAGCUAAAUUUAGUUAAUCCGCAAAUGCACAAUACAGUCGGUGUACCACCAGGUGGAUGGGUUGUCCUCAGAUUUAUCGCCAAUAAUCCUGGUGCAUGGAUGUUCCAUUGUCACAUGGAUGCACAUUUACCAUACGGAAUUAUAAUGGCUUUCAUAGUUCAAAAUGGGCCAACUCCGGAAACGAGCCUACCUCCUCCGCCGUCGAAUCUUCCACAAUGCACUCGAGAUCCGACCAUAUAUGAAUCUCCAACAACAGACGUUGAUCUGCCUUACUAG